UGUCGACAUUUUGAUGUGAAUAUUGCUGUUUGGCCGCGCGCACGACGCACUGUGUGAAAAAGUCAGCCUUUUCCCCCCAAAUUUCCAGUGCUCUGCCCACCCCAGGAGUGCCCCCAGGUUGUGCAGUGGCCGCCACGGUGUGCGGUGGUGCAUUUGUGCGGUUUUCGUGGAGGGAAUCAAUCGGAUUUUCGCACCCAUUGUUUGUACUGCGCAAUGUUCUGUCGUCGUCUCUCCCAAUCCACAAAACACAGCCAUCGGAGCGACAUUGAUGGAAGAGCGCUCCCGACGUGAGAUGGAGCGAGAGAACGCCCGUGACGUUUUCUGCCACACAAAACACAGCCAUAAUUGAAAAGUUAAAAGGAGUAAGAAGGAGAGGCUGAAGUGCGAGAUGACUUUUUUUCCGCCACUCACUGUGAGGAAAAAACUGUGCGAGAGAAGACACUGAGAGAGAAAAUCGCGGUGGACACACCGGAGGAAUUGAGAGAGUGAGGCAGAAAAAACGCGAGUGCGCGAAUGUGUGUGAUAUAUACACAAGUAGCAAAUAAAGUGGAAUAAAAGAGGAAUAAAUUAAUAAUAGAAUCUCCACGGCUGGAUGUGUUAAAAGUGCGCAAAGAAAAUGUGUGCAAGAUACAAUUAGUGCGCGGAGAGUAUUUCCCUGUGUCUUUAUCUGUCCGCUCCCAAUCGGCGGAAAAGGAGAGGAGAAAAAGUCAGAAUUGGGCGGGCGCGCGUGUGUGUGUUUUCGGGGGGAUUUUCACGAAUAUUGCUCGAGAGGAUAAAAGUUGUGUGACGUCGCCGUAAAUGUGUGUGUGGCUUUUACGUGAGAUAUUGAAUUUUUAUGAAAAAUGGGAAGGUCCAAAUUCCCUGGCAAGCCGUCAAAAUUGGUGAAUAAGAAGCGCAUCAGUGUGUUGGCGGGCAGUGCAAAAGGUGGCAAUUGUGAUACGAGUGCAGAUGACGAUACGGAUAAUCAGUAUUCGCCGAAUGAUCAUCAAUCGCUGUGGAGCAGUCGCCACGAUGAACCACCACAUCUGCAGUCCAGCAGUGGAGCUGCACACUCCCCAGCGCCGUCAUGCAGCUUUCAUGAAGAUGGCGACAAUAUUCAGGCGGUGCACUCGCAGGAGGUAACAACUCAAGGGAGCGAUCUGGGCAGGAGCGGCGAGGAGGGCAAGAACGCCGAAGACGUGACGGAUCGAGUGGGCAUGCAGAAGGCAGAAGGUGGAAGUGAGUCCAGGCCCAAGGACAAACUGGGUGAGAAGUCGUCCAAAAAGAAGACCGUCACAUUCAAGAACGUCCUCGAGACGAGUGACGAUGUUUUGGUGCGAAAGAGCUACAAUCCAGACUUCGCUCCUCCGCUGGUGCCGAUCAUCAAGCGGGAGUCUCUCACGCGAAUUGAGAGCAGCAUCGUGCGCCCGUCGCGCCUCACGGAGGUCAUGAAGCAGAACAGCAGCAAUCAGGACAACCUCAAGGGUCUGUCGUUCAGAUUGCCGAGCGACGCGAAUGGGCGAGAUGAGGAGGAGACGCUGGAGGAUGAGGAGGCGAACGGGGAGGGCGGACUGAAGCGAUUCAUCCUGCCGAAGAGGAGUCUGCACUCGUGUCGCGUGAUCAAGCCUAAUAAGAAGUUCCUGGACAACAUGGAUGACUGCAGUAGCAAGAAGCGCCUCCAGCUGAGCAUCAAGCGAAAGAAUCAACUGGACGGCGUGGACAAGAAGAAGAGGAUGCUGAAGGAAGUAACAUUCCAGGAUAGCUUUAUUAAUAGUACACUAUCGUCCAAGAUAUCCAACAGCAAGUUGGAUACGGAGAAUUGUUGUGAAUCUGAAACAUCGCAGACGCAGUCGGAGAAUAGUGAUGCUGAAGAGACUGACGAGGAGGAGAGCAAAUUAAAUGGAGACAAGAAGACGAAGAGGAAUGAACAACAAAGGCUAUUUUGUAAAUCGAUUUUCCAUUCAACAAGCGGAAAGAGCGCUACAUCAUCGACACAAAAUGUUGGAAAUAGUUUAGGGAAAGUGAUUUUACGGCAACCACGCUUGCAAUUUAGCACAGGCAUGAUAAUAUCAUCUUCCGCGAGCUCCAAUUCGACUGCAUCCACAUCAAAUUCAACACCAACAUCCACAAUGUCAAUGAUGGAGAAAACAUUCUCAUUUAAUCUCAAUGGCAACAGUAUUAAGAAUAGUAUAUCUUCCCAUUCAGUUUCUCUGCCGACGUCCUCAGCACUGUCAAUGACAUCCUCAACGUGUGGCAUUUGCGGAACGGUAUCAUCGUGUCGAUAUGCGCAAAAGUGUCGGAAAUUCGGCAUAAAUUGCUGUGAGGCAUGUCGAAAGUUUAUAUCGAAGAUGAUGAAGAAAUUGGCUGCGUCUUCUGGUGUGAAUUGCCAAAGCGGGCCAAUGCAGUGCACAAAGAGCGAUGGAACGUGCACACUUCAGCCUCUGCCGCGCAGUGGACACGUCAAGACGAUGAAGAUGACACUGAAGGAGCGCUGCCAUGCCUGCUGGCUGAAGCGGUGCAUCAAAUCCUUCCAGCUUCCCUCAGGCCUCAAAUCGCGCCUCAUCGCCACACUUCCAGUCGCGAUGCGUGACUUUGAGCCAAACAACGUUGGAGUAUCGUCGAAAUUCAGUAUUAAGCGAGAGUCUGAUAAUCAAAAUAGCAUGAAUAUCUUCUCAAAUCCACCCAAUACUGAUCGUAUGUUGGAUAUUGAGUUCAAGACGACCAAGAGUCUCCCAUUCUCCAAUCCGCUCGUGGAGAACAACACCACAUUUGGCAGUUCACCACUUGUGGUGCCCACAAUCAGCGAGAAGCCCGUGAUAAUGGUGCAUUCACCGAGCAUCGCGGCGCCCGAAGAGGGCAAACAGGACAGUGCAAAUAGGAAAUCCAGUACGAAAGCAAGUAGCAGCAAUUCUGUGAUCAGUGUCAGCACGAGUGAGAGUGUCGAUGAGAAGACAAAGCCGAGUCGGAAGAAGGUCGAGACGCCUCAGGUGAAUGCGAGCAAAGAGGCAAAUGCGCCCAGUGAUGCUUCAGCGCCCAAGAGACAGAGGAUCGAUCUGAAGGGACCGCGAGUGAAGCACGUGUGCCGGAGCGCAUCGAUUGUCCUGGGUCAGCCGAUAGCGACAUUUCCCAGUGAAUCUGCGCUGGAGAACUUGGACACUCCACCGCGACCGGACUCGCCGCAGAAUGAAGUCAACGAUUUGCCCACAAUUGUCGAUCGUCCUGACAUGUGCACAGAUUGCGGUGAUUUGGGCCUGAGUCCGCCGGCGACGCCAAUCGACAGUCCAAAUGUAGCGGAGAAGGAAGAAGUUGCCAGUGAUAUUGUGGAGGACGUGAAGAGGAGCAAGGAAGAAUCUCAGAAGCCAACAACGAGGAAACUCUCUCGUCCCAGCUACAAUGCCACGAAUCUGGGCAAUCGCGCGACGUCGAUCAGUGCCACGAAGCGCAUUCAGCAACUCACGGCUGUGCAGAAUCCCAUGGUGUCCAUCGAUUUCUGGGAGAACUACGAUCCGGCUGAGGUGAGCCAGACAGGAUUCGGACUGAUUCUCUCGGAAAGUGUUCCUCUGCGUGCCAUUUGCUUCCUGUGCGGCAGCGCUGGCACCGAUCCCCUCAUCUUCUGCAUUUGCUGCUGUGAACCCUACCAUCAGUAUUGCGUGGAGGAUGAGUACAAUCUGAAGCCUGCGUCGCUGGAUGACACAAACGUGAGCAUCCUGGAUACGAGCGGCGUUGGAAAUGGCAUGAAGAAUCGGCUGAAUUGGCUUUGUCCACGGUGCACGGUGUGCUACACGUGCAACAUGGCCACGGGCAGCAAGGUGAAGUGCCAAAAGUGCCAGAAGAACUACCAUUCAACGUGUCUAGGCACGAGCAAGCGACUCCUCGGUGCCGAUCGGCCCUUGAUCUGUGCCAAUUGCCUCAAGUGUAAGAGCUGCAGCACGACAAAUGUGACGAAAUUCGUGGGCAACCUUCCCAUGUGCACGGCGUGCUUCAAGCUGAGGCAGAAGGGUAACUUCUGUCCGCUGUGCCAGAAGUGCUAUGAAGACAACGACUUCGAUCUCAAGAUGAUGGAGUGCGGUGACUGCAAGCGAUGGGUGCAUGCCAAGUGCGAGGGUCUCACGGAUGAGCAGUACAACAUGCUCUCUGUCCUUCCGGAGAGCAUUGAGUUCAUCUGCAAGAAGUGCGCCAAGAACAAUCCAAUGGUGGACAUGUGGCGAGAUGCCGUGGCGGCGGAGUUCAAGUCAGGACUUCUCAGUGUUGUGAAGAUGCUAAGCAAGAGCAGACCGGCGAGUGCUCUGCUGAAGCUCAGUCCCAGGAAGAAGUCCAACAUCUGCGCUUGUCAGCCGAUCAUGUCCAACAGGAGUAUUCAGUUCAAGAAGCUCACCGAAGGCAGUGUUGAGAACUCGACAUCGUCUGAAGACAAUGAAUUCUCUGAGUUGUCCAGUGAGAAGACACUCGACGGAGAGGGAGAAUUAUCACAGAACACUCAGUGCUAUUGUGGAGUGAAGCAGAAAUUGGCCUAUGCGACUUCCUCGCCCAGUCUUCUGGACAUCAAGCGCAAGAUCAACGACAACGAUUACGUGUCUCUGCAGGAGUUCAACUACGACAUGCUGAAGAUCAUCAAUUCGGUGUCGUGUGAGGAUCUCGUGACGGCGUACAAGGAAAUCCUGAGUGAGGCGUUUCCCUGGUUCCAGAACGAAACGAAGGCGUGCACUGAUGCUCUCGAGGAGGAUAUGUAUGACUCUUGCGACUUUACCGCCAAUCCCGACACGAUAGCCAUGGAGUGCGAUCAAAUGGUGCCCACAGUAGACAUUCCGGAGGACGGCGAAGAGUACUUCUACGGCACCUAUGAGCGGAUGGACGACAGGACGUGUCUGUUCUGCAAGCAGACAGGCGAACAUAUGAAGCUACAGGAAGGCCGGCUUCUGUACUGUGGCCAGAACUCAUGGGUGCACACAAAUUGUGCAUUGUGGUCGGCUGAGGUGUUCGAGGAGAUCGACGGAUCGCUGCAGAACGUCCACAGUGCCGUGUCACGCGGGCGGAUGAUAAAGUGCUCGGAGUGCGGCAACAAAGGUGCCACUGUGGGAUGCAACGUGAAGAAUUGCGGCGAACACUUUCACUAUCCCUGCGCCCGAAAGGCCAAGUGCGUCUUCAUGUCGGACAAGACGGUCUACUGUGCGCGCCACGAGGCGGAGACCACGAAGAAGAAGUGCCAUCCGGAGGGGGAUUUCGAUGUUCACCGGCCAGUGUAUGUGGAGCUGGAUCGCCGGCGGAAGAAGUCAGUGGAGCCGGCGAAGGUACAAUUCGCCAUUGGCGCUCUGGCGGUGCGGAAUAUCGGGCGCUUCGUGCCGAUCUUGUCUGAUCUGAGCGAUGUGAUAGUUCCCAGUGAUUUUUUAUGCACGCGCUUGUACUGGAGCACGAAGGAGCCCUGGAAGAUUGUGGAGUACACCAUCAAGACAUCGAUUCAGUGCAGCUCAACGACACAUUGCACGGACUUGGGGAAGAACUUCACAGUUGAUCACUCGUCGCAUGCGAAUUUGAUACAGAAGGGACUGAGUCAGAUCGCCAAGUGGCACAGUAGCCUGAGCAAUGGUGAGGAGACGACUGAUCACGCGAGAGAUGUCAAAACGAAGCAGAGCUUCGAGUCCAUGGGCAAUGCUGAUGAGCAGAACGACGAGGAGCCGCAGAGCAAUGCAGACUUGCUGCCGCCUGAGAUAAAAGAGGCUAUUUUUGAGGAUCUCCCUCAUGACAUCCUCGAUGGCAUCUCAAUGCUGGACAUCUUCCCGAAGCUGAUGACUUAUGAGGACUUGGUGGCGAUGGAUUCGAAGAGUGAGAUCUACUUUGGCGGCGAAUUGAUCAAGGAUGCGAAAGAGUACGUGUCUGAAGAUGACAUAAACAAUCAGCCGCUGGAGAAUUGGAGUAAUUCCUCAACUGUGGCGCACGUUGAAGACCCAGUGUUGUCCACUUCGCGGCCCAUGUCCACGAGCAUGUCGAAGGAGCUGAAGAGGAGUAAAUCUGAGGUGUUUUCGCGCGGUGCGAAUGUCAAUCGCAAUCACCAGAGAUCCUCCAGUCUCACGUGGAAUUGCAAGGUGGAUCAGAGCGCUGUGUCGAAGCGCCGAAAGGUGUCGAUGCUGCAGGAGCUGAGACUGCCGGAGAGCGUCUUCCGAUCGCUGAGCCGGCCAGACAUCAAGGCGGCCACGAGUGGAGAUCGCAAGAUCACGUGGAGCGCAAAGAAGUUGCUGCAGAUUGAGAAUGACAACAGCCAAGAAGGUGGGAUUGAGAAGAAGGCCGUGGAGAAGCUGAAGAUCUCUCAGCUGGACGGCAUGGAUGACAUCAGCAGCGAAAGCGAGAGUGGAUCUCCGGGACCGCAGUACGCCUUGGUCAGUGGCCAUGCGGGCAUUCAGUUUGACCAGAAUGGCGGCGAGAAUCCGGUGAAGUGUGAUCGAUGCCAUUGCACUUAUCGCACGCAAGAUUCUUUUCAGCGGCAUCUACUGACGUGUGAACCAAUGUCGACGAGUGAGUCUGAGUCUGAGGCCAAUCCUCGCACUCCCGAAGCCGAUGUGGCGUCAAUUGCGACAAACAAUCUGCUGACUGUGACGGUGUCUGACAUGUGCAACUCCUCGACAAUCUCGACGAUUCAGCCGCAGAAUCUGGUGCAGAACUUUAGCGGGCAGAUUCUCGGUGGUGGAAACAUGAUAGGUAAUCAGAGUGCCAACACAAUAGCUAUUCCAAAUUCGCUGCAGAACAUCAUCCCCAUUCAGAACGGUGGGCAGAUAUCGCUGCAGAAUCCCACGCAAAUACAAACAGUACCUCUCAGUGGUGUCAAUCAAUUGAGCCAAAUCAAUGCAGGGAUGUCGAAUGUGUUGAUGACCACACCGCAAAACCAACAAUUCACACAGCAGCUGGGCGUCAAUAAUUUCCAACAGCAAGUUUUCCCGCUGCAGAACAUCAAUCAAUACAACGACAUGAAUUCGAAUUAUCUGCAAAAGACAACGCAGAGAAUUUUGCCGCAGACGUCCACCAUUCAGCCGACUAUUCAGCUCUCUGGUGGGAUUAACAUUCAGAAUUUCAAUAAUUCACCCAUCAUUCAGCCCGCCGCCAGUCAAGCACAGCCGCAGAUUAUCUCAAUCGCAGGCACGGGUAGCAACUCACAAAUUAUGACGCUUGCACCGGCUCCCAUUCGACCCAAUGGCGCAGUGACGAAGAACCAGAUAAUCCUGCCACAGCCGCUGGACAAGAAUGGCAAGAAGCACGCAUUGCCGCGCCUGCAGUCGGCGCCAAUUGUGAAGCCCAAAAGUCGCCAGAUGGGCGUGAAGAAUCAGCCGAUUCAGAUGAAGAAGAUCGUGACGAAGCCCGACACGCGCCUGCAGAUUGUCAACUCCACCAAUUUGCCCAUCAUCCGACCGCAGCAGACUGUUUCGACGCCAGUGACCACUGCAAAUCCUGGCGUGGUUUUCCAGCCGCAACAGCCGCUAAUUGUGCAGCCGAUGAACAACAAUACGAACCUCGUGCAGUACGUGACGGACAAUGGCAUGCAGUACAUCGCCAUGCCGUCGGGUGACUACAAGCAGCCACAGACGCAGUUCCUCACGCCCAGUCCCAUCGUCCCGGGGGCCUUCCAGCUGCAGGCGGAUGCGAGCGGGCAGUUGGUGCUGGCCAACACGGCGUCCGGCCUGCAAGUGCUGCCGUCCGGGGCCAUGCAACUGGCGCAGCCGCAGCAGCCGCAGGUCAUUGGCACGAUCAUCCAGCCGCAGGCCACGACAAUCCAGUGCGGCAUGAUGGCGACGGAGCAGAUGGUGCUGGGCAGCACGCCCACGCUGGAGAUGGUGACGGACCCGAACUCGGGGUGCAUGUACCUCACCAGCCAACCGGUCUACUAUGGCCUUGAGACGAUUGUCCAGAACACGGUGAUGUCAUCGCAGCAAUUCGUCUCCACGGCCAUGCAAGGCGUGCUCAGUCAGAACUCCAGUUUCAGCGCCACCACGACGCAGGUGUUCCAGGCCAGCAAGAUUGAGCCCAUCAUGGAAGUUCCUGGAGGAUAUGUGGUGCUGAACAACAUGCCCGAUCAGCAGCAGCCGCAGGCGAUUAUGCCCAGCACGCAAGUGAUUCCGCAGAUUCAGGCGCAGCCGCAAGUGACGCCGCAAAUGAGGCCCAUCUCGCCGCCAAAACCCACCGUGAAGACUGCGCCGAUUGUCAUGACGAAGGUGCAGCCGCAGGUGAUUAACAAGGUGAUGCCGUCGUUGCCGGCGAAUGUGGUCACGAUGGAGCAGCAGCCGGCGCCGCAGGCUGUGAAGCAUCAGGUGCAACCGGUGAUUUUGCCCAAAACCAUGGCCAUCACAUCUACCAGCACAACUCCGGUGUUCCAGCAGGCCACAAUCCAUACCCAAGAGACUCAGAGUCCGGCCAAGACACUCAUUGUCACGUCUCCGAACUCUGUUCAUCCGAUUCCGCGUGCCGCUAACAUCAUCAAGCCGAUCAAGAGUCACGUGAAUUCAGCCACAGUGAAGCCUAAGAUAAUUGCCAAACCCGUGGCGGGAAGAACGUCGGUGAAUCGGCCGAAGAUCGGCACGUUUGGCAUCAAGCAAACACCCUCGAAUGCCAUGAACCAAGUGACCAAGUCUGACUCAAUUGUUGGCGAUGUUAUCAUCACCACAGUGGCGCAGAACAAUAUGCAGAGUCAAAUGGUGUCCUCGCAGCAGUCCAAUCAGCAAAUCUUCCCUGUGGAGCAGGAGAACAUCGUGCAGAACAUCAUUCAACUCUCCAGCACGAAUGACGGGAACAGCAUGCAGGACAAUGUUGUCUUCACGCCUAUCAACAGGAAUCCGCAGAACACUCAUCCACCGCCAACGCCCCAAAUUCAGCUUCCUUCGGCGCCUUAUGCGCCUUCGCAUCACUCGAAUGUGCCCACGAAUGUCGUGAAUCCCAUUCAGCAGUGUCACUAUGGCGGCACCACGACGAAUUCCAGGCCCACAAACCGAGUUUUGCCCAUGCAAACCAUCCAGGCGCGCCAAUCACCGCCGACUCCGCCGGAGCCGAAGUGCCAAGUGGAGGAGGCUGUGAUUCCGCCAAAGUUGGAGGAAGUGCACGCGAAGGAGGACGUCGUGAUGGCUGAUCUGCCAUCGCCUCAGCUGAUUAUCGCGGAAGCGGAGAAGGAAGAGCAGUCACAUAUUCUGGAGGAAGCCUUUGAGGAUGUGGAAAUCAGGCGGGAGAAGGACUCUAGUUCUCCGACGAGUCUCAAUCUCAAGAAUCUCUUCCAGACGGACGUUCAAGCGGACCUCUUUGAUCAGAUCAAGUCCAUGGAUGACAAAGAUGAGAGCUCUUCGGAGAGUUCGACGCCUGAGGUGAAGCAGAAGAUCUGUGAGAUUCUUGUGAACCUGGACAAGGAGGAUUGCAAUAAGAAUAGCGUCUUGCUGGAUACGCCAAUGGAGGAAGUGAUGGAGCAUAAGGAAAAUCUUCCGCCCGAUGACACGGCCUUCAAGUUGCCACAGCCGCGCAGUGCCAUCACGAUUCAGCGCUCGCUGAACGCCUUGCAGCCCCUGAAAGCACCUCCUGGCCCGAGGAUGCUGUAUGAGAUUCAGUCCGAGGACGGUUUUCACUACAAAUCCACCUCGAUCACAGACAUCUGGGACAAAGUGUUCGAGACAGUGCAAAUUUCGCGAAAAUCCCACGGAUUAUCUGCGCUGCCCGAUGGUCCUCUGGCUGACAUGAGUGGUCAUCAGAUGCUGGGCCUGAAGUCGAAUGCUCUGCGCUAUCUGAUCGAACAGCUGCCGGGCGUGGAGACGUGCAAGAACUACACUCCCAAGUAUCACGAGAGGAAGAUGAACAAGGACUCGGCGCCGCUCUUUCCGCACUUCAUCGACCUGGACGACAGCAAGGAGAACAUCUUCGGCGCGGCGCGCUGUGAGCCUUACAGUGGCCGAUCGGAGUAUGACAUGUUCAGCUGGCUGGCGUCCAGGCAUCGCAAGCAGCCGGCGCCGGUGACGAUUCAGUUGGACAGCGAAAUCACAAUUCCCAGGCGGGGAAGCGCCAGCAAUCUGCCCAUGGCCAUGCGCUACAGAACGCUGAAGGAGGCGUCAAAGGACUCGGUGGGAGUGUAUCGCUCGCAUAUCCACGGACGCGGGCUCUUUUGCACGCGGGACAUCGAGGCCGGCGAAAUGGUGAUUGAAUACGCCGGCGAGCUAAUUCGUGCCACACUGACGGACAAGCGGGAGAAUUACUACGAGAGCAAGGGAAUUGGAUGCUACAUGUUCCGCAUUGAUGACAAUUUCGUGGUGGAUGCAACAAUGCGUGGCAACGCGGCGCGCUUUAUUAAUCACUCUUGUGAGCCAAAUUGCUACUCAAAAGUCGUGGACAUUCUGGGGCACAAGCACAUCAUUAUCUUCGCGCUGAGGCGAAUUGUGCCCGGCGAGGAAUUGACUUAUGACUACAAAUUUCCCUUCGAGGACGUGAAGAUUCCCUGCUCGUGCGGAUCGAAGCGUUGUCGUAAAUACUUAAACUGAAGUUGCUGGAGGAUAAAUCGUGUGACUGCUCUGUCAGAUUGGUGAUGUGGAAAUGUAUAAAUAGGUUUAUACAUUGGCGUGUGGGUGUAAUAUUGUUGAUAAUGCGCUGGAAAGCAUCUCGAAAAGGGCCGCCGUCAGCAAUCUGGCAGAGAAAGAGUAUAAAUGUCGUGUAAAUGUGUAAAUAAGAGAAAAAACAUAACUGUGAGGAUCCUUAGCCUAUUUUAGUGCUUAUAAUUUAUAUGAAAAAAGUAUUUGUAUUUUAGAGAUUCUAAAACUAUAUGAAUGUGGAUGAUUUUACUUCUAUAUUUUAACAUUGAUUGUGAAAAGUAAUAUUUCUGUGAAAUUCUCACUGAAUGAGAUUCUUUUAGUUUUUAAAGAAGCAAAAACCAUAUUUUUUGUAUUGUGACACAGAGAAGCGCAGAAGAGUGUUAUAAUUGUACAAUUGACAACAUCACAGAUAAGGAGAUAGUCUUUUCCACACUCAAUUAUGUUCCUUGAUGUCUCUCAAGCUUGAUAAAGAGGAUGUAAUAAAAUGUAUCAUCACACAAAAGGUGCUUUCUGUUGAGAUAUUAAAGAAAUAGUAAUAAAUGUGAAUGUAUUGUGCACAGAGCGAGAUAAUAGACGAUAAUUAUUCCUCUCAAUGUCGAUCUUCACCAUGAAAGAAAAUAGCGUUGAGCAUUUUGUCUCCUCGACAAUGAUAUUAAAAUGAAAACCGCAAAAGGCAAACCCAGUGUAUAAACUAAUAUCUAAACUAUCUAAUAUGCGAAUAAGCAAAAGAUUUCAAUUGUCUCAGUGUCUGAUCAACAUAAAGAAUCAAACUAACGAGUAAUUAUAGUGUGGUAAAGUUUCACAACCACGUUGACAAUAUAAUGUAAUGAAGAUGAAAACCGUACAUAAAUUAAAUGCGCACCAGAGCGAGUCUCGAAUGGCAAGAGACUCCGCUCGACACUCUAUCUUAGAAGAGAAGUGUAAUAUGUAUAAAGCUAUUUGUAAUGAGAAAGAGUAGAUUUAGAACAAUAUAUUUCAAUUCCUUCUCUGUACCAAAAAAAAGAAGAAGAAAACACUUGCGUACAAGACAAAAAAAUGUGUGUGAUUCCGAGCACAUUUUCACGCUUUUCAUGCUUCAAAUGAAUUCAGUUGCAGUAUUUUUCAAUUCUCUCGCACACGCAGAAAAUCAAUCUCCAGUUGUGUCGUUGAGGAAGUUUGUGAGGGAGAUGAGAGUGUUGAGGAUUAGUUUUUCAGCGAGCCUCGAAGAACCUUUAAAAGAAAGUAAUUCAGUUUUAUAAGAGCGGAAGAGUUGUAAAAAUUUUUCAAUUUCUUGCCAUAUUUUUGUAAUUGUAUCCUUUAACCAUUUCGGCUGUUUUGUAUUUUUUAAACACAAUUGACUUGUAUUAAUGAUUUUUACGCUAAAGAAAUGGGAAGCAAGCUUGCGAAGUGAAAAGUGAGAGGUAGAAAAUAAGGGGAGAUAAUAAAAUUGUAAUAUCUUAUACAGGCAUGUCAACUAUUAGACAGGAAAACAUGAUGUAAUACUGUAAUUACUAAUUAUGUACAAUUUUGUAAUCUUACGGAUUCUGUUUGCAUUUGAAUCACAAUAAAUGAAUAGAGAUAUAAAA